AUGGGCCUUCAGAUGAGCAAGAGUGUUGACCCACGAACUGAAAGUGUGAGCGAUUCUGUUCUGGCGGAAAAGGCAAAUACCAUAGCUAGCCCUAUGGCUCGGGAAGGCCAGGCAAAGUCGCAGGACGAGAGCUCCUUUCAGUCUCGUGUUGCAAGACUUAGUAUAUGUGAGGAUGAAAAGUCUAGAGAAAUGAUAAUGAAAUCCGUGCGCCAGCAGAAAAGCUCGGGCAGCUUGAGUGAAGACAUCAGCGACGGCUCUUCUCCUUCGGCAAGUGCUAUGCAGCAGCAGAGAGCGGGCUCUAAAAGGCGUCGUAGAAGAUCUAGCGGGGUCGCAGGUCCAACUCUCGGAAACUUGAGAAAAAAGGCGGAGGAGCUUCAUUCGACAACAUCAACGAGCAACAUCAAGAAGAAGAAAAGGACUUCCAAACCGGCGAGUAUUGUGGUUUCCAGGAAUGAACAAAAGAAGGUUUCCAUCAAGGAUUUACGUGAUUUGGUGCUUUACAUAUUUCAGGAUACAAACAACUCAACAAGGUGGGUGCAAGUUGAAAAUCGUAGUGCCAUAACUAAAAUGAUCGUCUUGUUUGUUCCUGGAUUAUUGCCUGAAGAUUUUAAGUCGGGGCCAAUAGACGAAAAUGGCAAUAGCGACGCUGAAGCAGAUUCAAAAUCCUUAGCAUCAGUCCAAGACUCUGAACUCAUUGAUUCUUUACAGCGUUUUCCAGUAUCAUCACCAGGCUCGAAAAAUACUCUUUACUCGGCCUACAAUUCAUUUGUGAAUGUAGGGCUUAGCAAGAAGGAAAAGGAGGAGAGGAGGUUACAACUUAGCAAAAGAAAAGUCACUUUGAAUGAUUUGAUAAUGACCACUAGCCAACUGCUGGAAAACGAGUAUCCUAUUCAUGAAGGGACUAUAGGGCUGAGUGCCGAAGAGAUCGAAAGGCUCUCUAAUAAACAUGCUGAACAACCAUUAUGGAAAAACACUCAAGCUUUCGACCACGAUGGCUCUCAUACAUUUGCUAUGGAUUGUGAAAUGUGUAUGUCUGCGGAGGGAUUGGUGCUGACUCGGGUGAGCUUAGUCGAUUUCGAUUGUAAUCUGAUAUACGAUACUCUUGUCAAACCUGACGUGCCCAUUACUGAUUACCUUACCAAAUACAGUGGUAUCACCGAAGAGAAGCUACAAGAUGUUACCACUACUUUAGAAGAUGCCCAAAACGCUAUCAUUCGCUUAGUUAGCUCGGGUGAUGUGCUCAUUGGCCACUCGUUACAAUCAGACUUAAAUGUGCUGAAACUUAGACACCCGCGAAUUAUCGAUACCGCAGUAAUAUAUGAACACAAAGCUGGGCCACCUUUCCGCCCAGCACUGAGAUAUUUGGCUUCAGAAUAUUUGAGCCAAGACAUUCAAAAUAGCGAGGGUCUAGGUCACGAUUCUUUUGAGGAUGCAAGGGCCUGCAUGGAACUUGCAAAACUGAAGGUUCUUAAUGGGCUUGCUUUUGGUGUGGGAAUAAACACUGAAAAUCUUUUUGAGAGGCUAAGCAAAACCGGUGUUAAAAGCAUGUGCCUGAACGAUUACGCGCCAAAAUUGACGGAAUUAUGUUCAAUUGAAGAUGCACCACAGGUCAAUAUGAGGUGUCAAGAUGAUGAGGAGGUUUUCGAUAAUAUCAACAAAUAUAUGAACAAUUUUAAUUUGUUUGUGGGGCGCCUUAGAGAACUGGAGUUCGCCCGCAACUUUUCAGUACCUUCGCCGGGUGUUGUCAAAAAGGAUGUCCAAGUGGCGAAAGAUGACUUUGGUCAGCGUUUGGAAACAUUAUACCGCGAGUGCCCACCAUCUACUGUGUUCCUGAUUUGCUCUGGUAGUGGAGAUACUCGGCAGUGGACCAAGAUUAUGGGAGAAAUUAACGACCUGGAUAGAGAUGAUAGGAAUGAUGAAAGGAAGAAGAGAGAAACAGAGAUACAUGCGGCGGUUUCCCAAGCCAGAGACGCUAUAGCACUACUAGCAGUUAAGAAAGAAAUUCAUUGA